UCUGGUACGUGCUACGUGACUUCAGUGAAAGAUUUGAAUCUGCUUGGUCUCGAUUUCAUAGAAGCAUUUGAUCUCUGGAACAAGCCGUUUGCCUCCAUCUGCAAUCAGGUAUUACAAUCAAAAAUUCAACCUGAGUGUAGACAUCGUUUUGCUAACCGAUUCCCGGAAGUAUUUGAAGACACAUUAGGACAUUGUACGCAAACGAGAGUACAAUUAUUUCUGAAACCAAACUCCAUGCCGGUAUUUCGUCCGAAGAGGCCAGUACCAUUCCACGCCAUCCAGAAAGUCAACGAAGAACUAGAUCGUCUACAGAAGCUCAACAUCAUCACUCCAGUUGAUUUUUCUGAAUGGGCAGCGCCUAUCGUUGUUGUGAAAAAACCAGGUGGAAAAGUUCGAAUUUGUGCAGACUAUUCGACCGGUCUGAAUGCUGUUUUAGAACCACACCAUUACCCUCUUCCAACACCCGAUGACAUCUUCAGUAAAUUAGCGGGUAGUAAGGUUUUUAGUGUCAUUGAUUUGUCCGACGCUUACUUACAAGUUGAAGUUGAUGAUGAAUCGAAAAAGCUUCUGACAAUUAACACUCAUCGUGGAUUGUACCGUUUCAAUCGAUUGGCUCCUGGAGUAAAAUCUGCACCUGGCGCAUUCCAGCAGCUAAUGAGUAGUUUGAUUGCAGACAUCAAUGGAGUUGAAUCUUUCCUGGACGAUUUCAUUAUACACACUACGACCGAUGCUGAACACGAGCGAACGCUGAAUGCUUUGUUUAGUCGACUUCAACAGUUUGGAUUCCGUCUACGGUUGGAAAAGUGUAAUUUUGGCCAAUCCAGUAUCAAGUUCAUUGGUCAUAUAAUUGAUGCAAAGGGUAUUCGACCAGAUCCAGCAAAAAUCAGUGCUAUUGUGCAGAUGCCCUGUCCCACCGAUGUUAGUCAGAUUAGAUCGUUUUUGGGAGCUGUCAACUUUUACGGUAAAUUUGUCAGAGAAAUGCACAAAUUACGAAGACCCCUGGACAAUUUACUAAAAAAAGACAAUCCGAUUGUUUGGAGUCAACAGUGUCAAGAAGCUUUCAUCAACAUCAAGAAAGUACUUCAAUCGGAUCUCCUACUUACUCAUUAUAACCCUGCUCUAAACAUUGUCGUUGCUGGUGAUGCCUCAAAGACAGGAAUUGGUGCCGUUAUCAUGCAUCAGUUUCCUGAUGGUCAAAUGAAAGCCGUUGCUCAUGCAUCAAGAACACUUACGCAAGCGGAACAAAAUUACAGUCAAAUCGAAAAAGAAGCGCUAGCUCUGGUAUUUGCCGUAACCAAAUUUCGUCGGAUGCUACUGGGUCGUCAAUUCAAGCUUCAAACCGAUCAUCAACCGCUUCUGAAAGUGUUUGGAUCGAAAAAGGGAAUUCCACUGCACACAGCGAAUCGUCUCCAGAGAUGGGCACUAACAUUACUUGGAUUUGAUUUCAAAGUGGAAUACAUUCCUACUGACCAAUUCGGACAUGCAGACGUUCUCUCCCGAUUAAUCAAUAAUCAUGCAAAACCAGAUGAAGAAUGUGUUAUUGCGUCAAUAUGCAUCGAAGAAGAUAUGAACACCACUUUGGGUGACACGUUUCAGAAUCUUCCAGUCACGUUCGAAAUGGUUCAUUCAGCCACAAAUAAAGACAAAAUUUUGCAACAGGUGAUUCAAUACAUCCAGAGAGGUUGGCCGUCUGUGAAACAAAUUACUGAACCGAACCUCAAGAUAUUCUGUUCACGACAAGAAUCUCUCACAAUCGUCAAGGGUUGUAUCAUGUUCCAUGAUCGAAUUAUAAUUCCAGCUGUGUUUCGUACUCGGAUUCUGAAACAAAUACACCGUGGUCAUCCUGGAAUAGAGCGCAUGAAAUCAGUUGCUCGUGGUAUUGUUUACUGGCCUGGGAUUGACGAAGAAAUCCAGAACUUUGUUCGACGUUGCUCUAUAUGUGCCAGUUCAGCUAAAUCACCGCCACAGGUUCAGCCUCAGCCCUGGCCGAAAGCAGAUGGUCCAUGGAAACGAAUUCAUUUGGACUAUGCAGGUCCUAUUAAGGGAAUGUAUUACCUGGUUAUUAUUGAUUCUUUCAGCAAAUGGCCAGAAAUUUUUCAAACGCGCUCGAUGACGACGUUUUCUACAAUUGGAUUUUUAAAUGAAACAUUCGCAAGGUAUGGAAUUCCCGACACAAUCGUCUCGGAUAAUGGAACUCAGUUCUGUAGCAGUCAAUUUAAACAGUUCUGUGAGCUUUCCGGUAUAAUACACAUUCGCACCGCACCCUAUCAUCCACAAUCAAACGGACAGGCGGAGCGUUUUGUGGAUACUCUCAAGCGUUCACUGAAGAAAAUUGCAAAAGGGGAGAAUAUACCAUCAUCUGAUGCUCUACAAACGUUUCUUCAAGUAUAUCGAUCAACACCAUGUAUCAGUCUGGAAGGGAAAUCUCCGGCAGAAAUCAUGUUAGGUCGACCAAUGAAGACUACACUCGAUUUGUUGCGAUGUACAACGUUUCAACAAGUUAGUCCAUCACCAGUCGCAUAUCCUCAACGAUCAUCAUCCUUCACAGUUGGUGCGCUUGUGUAUGCUAAGGUGUACACAAAUGCAAAAGCUGUAUUCAAGAACCAGUCGAAAAUUCCAGAUCAAAUCAAGGAAGUUCAUCUAACAGCCUAA